AAUCUAUAACGUACAUAUCCGAAGAUGUGCCAGAUCACCGCAUUACUUUAUUCUAUAUUAUUCCUAUGUUUCUCAUUUCCCUCGGAACAUUUAACACUUGAAAUACCUCUGAAUGAUGAUCAUUAUAUACACGAUGAAAAUGAUGACGUCAUCAAAGAGUCGGAUCGUUUUAAAAAUGAUGACAAUGGAAUUAUCAUGUCAGAAGAUAACGCUCACAGAAAAUCAGAUCAUUAUUAUUAUACACAGUUUGUUCGCCUGGAACAACCAAUGCCUAUCAUAUUUACAAAGUUUAACAAAAUUAAUAUUCCUGUGGAAUCAUCACAGAGGAUUGAAAGCUUGUUUCCAGUUAAAUAUUAUGGCGUAGAGUAUACAGCAAUCAAUGUACUAACAACAGGCACUAUAGGCAUUGGUGCAUCAUAUCGGCAUGCAGGAUCAAUGAGAAAAAUUGAAGCUUUUCAUGGUGAAGAUAAAGAAAGUGAAGUACAUAUUAUCAGCAAUGAACAAUACAUAGCAAUUAAAUGGCCAAGUUUACAACUGGUUGAAAGUGAAACGGAGGAUGUUGCUCAGGUGGUAUGUAUUAUACAUUCGGAUGGCAAUAUAACAAUAUACUUUGAAAAAAUACCUGAUGCAAGUGAAAAUUAUACCUUGAGUCUAAAGAUUACAGACGGUUAUGAUUAUGCAACAAGUAAUAGCAGUGGAUUGUAUAUAAUCAAGACUUCUUAUAGUCAAAUUAGAAUUCCUGAGAAAAUGAUCAAGUCGAAGACACUAGUAGAAUUUAUACCAAAUCGAAAGUAUGCAACAUGCUACUGGUGUCCAAAAAUCAAUAUAUGCAGUCAUGGUUUUGAUAUUCAUAGACCAUCUUGGAUAAAAAAUAUGUGUCAUAUUGAAAAUACGACAAACUGUCAAGAUCUAACAGCUUUAAACUCUGAUCAUGAUCUUCAGAAAUUAACUUCUCCUCCAAAUGAAUUGAAUGAGGCAUCCAUUCUACCCAAAAACAAUGUUACGGAAAGCGUAACUGAAAUGCGAGAAACAACUGCAACAACUCCACUUACCCAUCAAACUACAGAACUUACAUCCCAAACUUACUACACUGUUACAGAGAGUAUGCCAGAAACACCAGAAAUCACAACAACAACAACAACAAGAACGACACCUUCAUCUAGCUUCAGUACUUCAGAGCAUACAACUCGAGCUAGUCAGCCUCAUUCGGUGAAGUCAACUGUUGUGGAUGAAGUAUCUGGAAAUGCCAAUCAUUCUUCGUCAUUGCUGUUUAUCAUUAUACCAGCCAUCAUAAUAGCACUUCUUAUCGCGAUCUUAUGUAUUAUUUGGUCAUGUGUAGUAUACGGAAGGAAGUCAAAAAAACGUCUGAGAAGCACUCCUACAUACAUCUGGAUGAAUCUACCUUCACUACAACGUCCUCUUGGUUUACAUUUAUCUAAGAGGUAUUAA